AUGGGUGGAUCUUGCCCGUCGCCUAUGGAGGCACCCCCGGCAAUUGGAAAUUGCCUCGCCGACCCCCAUAAAGGGGGUCUCUGGGGGACCCCGCCCCUGGCUCGAGGGCGCUCCGGAAAUGAACUGAACAUGGGCAUGACUGUUGGGCAUCCUCCUGAGCGAGAUAAUUCCUAUAACAGCCGUGCAUUGCGACGAUCAGACGAAGCAUCACAUCUGUCAAGCUCAAGCCCAAGCGCAGCGAUGGAGGGUACUGCACAAAGCGGUGGUCGUAUGAUAGGUAAGGAUGGGCGCGACUUCUCUGAUAUUCCGACACCACCUCCCUGUCUCGCCACCGAUUAUGGUGAUUCCGAGCCGGAGAUGUCGAACAUAGGCGGAGUCAUGGGCCCCGGAUAUCAGCCCCAAGAGAGCCCCGCCAUUGAAUGUCUGUUUUGUCCCAACUUUGAGAGCCAGACAGGCUUCAAAUGGACUGGUCCGGACCUAAUGGCCGUUUCCACCUAA